AUGUAUGCUACACCUACUCAGUAUGGUAUUAUAUCAUUCUCCGUUUUAGCACCUACACUAUGUGCUAUAUGUACUCUUAUCUGUUUAUCUGGUGUAAAGGAGAGUGCUACCUUUAGCUUCAGUAUGGCAUGCCUUAAUAUAGUAUUACUCCUAACCUUCUCCCUAUAUGGAUCAUACAUGUAUGGUGAUGUUGGUAAUAUGGAGCCUUUCACUCUUCCCAACGAUGCAGCAGUUGAUGGGGUUGGUGGCUUUGCAGGGGUACUGCGUGGAUCUGGGUUAGCAUUCUUCUGUUGUGUUGGGUGGGAUGCUGUAUGUACACUGAGUGAGGAGGUACGGAACCCUAAGAAAGAUAUUCCCCGAGGCAUUAUGGGUACAUUACUUAUUGUAGCCCUAUUGUACUCUAUGUUAAGUAUUACUCUAUGCCUCAUGACCCCUAUAGAUAGUAUUGACUUGGAUGCACCUCUAGCUACUGCAUUCCAAUACCACCAUGACAACUGGGGUUAUAUUAUAACAUCUCUGGCAGCCACUACUGUCUGUACCCCAAGCGUUAUGAGUGGUAUACUGGGGCAGCCUCGUAUCUGGUAUAGAAUGGCUUUGGAUGGGUUACUCUUCAAACCCUUAGCCAAGCUUAGUGCUCACGAUGUACCUGUUGUUGGUACUACUAUAUGUGGUAUAAUCGCGACUAUACUAUCAGCCGUAUGCGAUUUUGAGCCAUUAGCUGGGAUGACCAGUUUCAGUACAUUGGCGAUGUUUACACUGGUUAAUGGUGGUAUUAUAUUAACGCGAGUAGAGGAUUACACUGAGAGGAGUGGUAGUAGCUAUCCUCCUAUCACUACCACUAACAUUACCUACUCAAUAUCUCUCUUU